CAUUCAAGUAAGUCUUUGGUUUUAGGCCUUUGUUCAUUAGUUUCAUCAAACGAUCAAUUUGUUUUCACAAGCUGCUAGAAUUAAAAGAAGAUGGCAACUUCAGAAAGUGAGAGCAAGGGAAAGAUCAUUACUUGCAAAGCCUUUGUGGCAAAUGCUCCAGGAGAACCCUUGGUAAUGCAACAAAUUCUUGUACAACCUCCUCAGAAAAUGGAGGUUAGAAUCAAGAUCCUAUAUACUUCCAUUUGUCACACUGAUCUCAGUGGUUGGAAAGGCGAGUCUGAACCUCAACGUGCUUUUCCUCGGAUUUUUGGCCAUGAAGCUUCCGGGAUUGUGGAGAGUGUAGGGGAAGGAGUGAAAGACUUAAACGAAAAUGACAAAGUGGUGAUAGUAUUCAACGGGGAGUGUGGUGAGUGUAACUACUGCAAGUGUGAGAAAACCAACAUGUGUGAGAAGUAUGGUGUAAACCCAAUGAAGAGACUAAUGUGUGAUGGUACAAGUAGAUUCUCUACAAUAGAUGGCAAACUCAUUUACCAUUUCUUGAACUCUUCAACUUUCACGGAGUACACAGUGGUCGAUUCAGGUUGUGCUCUUAAGCUCAACACUGAAGACAUUCUUAGUCUCAAAAAACUCACCUUGCUUAGUUGUGGAGUUUCCACAGGAAUUGGAGCUGCUUGGAAUAAUGCUAAUGUGCAUGCUGGUUCUUCUGUAGCAAUCUUUGGUUUAGGUGCAAUAGGGCUCGCUGUUGCACUAGGGGCGCAAGCCAGAGGUGCUUCAAAAAUAAUAGGUGUGGAUGUCAACCCAGAGAAAUUAACCAUAGCCAAAGCAAUGGGAAUCACAGACUUCAUAAAUCCAAGGGAUGAAGAGAAGCCUGUGGUUGAGAAAAUCAGAGAAAUGACUGGAGGAGGUGUACACUACAGUUUUGAAUGCACAGGAAAUGUGAACGUUUUAAGGGAUUCCUUCUUGUCCUGUCAUGAGGGUUGGGGAUUGACUAUACUAUUGGGAAUUCAUGCAUCACCAAAGUUACUUCCUCUCCACCCAAUGGAGCUCUUUGAUGGCCGCAAAAUCGAAGGAUCGGUCUUUGGAGGUUUCAAAGGCAAAAGUCAAUUGCCUAAUCUUGCCACAGAAUGCAUGAAAGGGGCGAUAAAGUUGGAUGAUUUCAUCACUCACGAACUUCCCUUUGACGAGAUAAACAAAGCCUUCGAUCUUUUGAUUGCCGGGAAGUCACUGAGAUGUCUUCUGACACUCUAAGAGAAGACGCUGCUUUUUCAUUUAGAUAGAGAGCACUCUCAAGUAUUAUGAUAUCUGAAUUCUUUACUAGAAGUAUAUCUAAAUAUAAAUAUGUAUAAUAGUGUUCUUGAACAGUACUUACGCGGCAUUAUCUUACUGUGAAGUGUGCUACGACAGGCAAGAAAUUAAAGUAGAAGUGUACUCGAGU